UUUAAUAGAUCUUGCCCCCCAAGAGUCCACCUUCGUGACAUUUUCGUUAUUGCCGUCGUCCUUGAACCAUUUUGCAAGUAGUCUCAGCUUUGGGACUGGAAAUUUAUAUGUUAAUUUUUUUCUGAAAAAGUGUUAACAUGCUUACUAGAAGACGUGAAGAAAAUUCUGCCGAAGUUACGGGUCUGAGUUCUCCUAAACGUAUACGUGUGGGUGAUUCGGAUCACGAUUCACAGUAUCCAUGCUUUUCAGCACUCUCUUCUUCACACACAUAUACAAUUUCAACCAUCACUCCUGUUGAGACAAUUAAUUUCUCAAAUCAAGAAGAUUUGACCACAUCUUCAGAACAUUCCGCUAAUCAUAACCAUUACGUCGCAACAGACGAGACAAUUCGGCCGUGUCAAACAUCGACACGGACUUUACAACUUAGUCUAGAAGCGAGCAAUCAAAAUUUAGUUACCCAAGAAUAUACUAUAAUAGAAAGAACUCUUAAUUCAAUCAUUUCGCAGCCAGAGGCUGUCGAGAUAAUCGAAGACUCUAAAGGGGGGCCCUACGUAAAAUCGGCGGAUAUUUUAGAUGAAGAUGUGGCUGGGAAACAUCGUAUUUUUGUUGAAAAAGAAGACGAUGACGACGAUGAUGAUGAAGAUUGGAACGAGGGUGACCACGUGAACGAUAGUAGUGAUGAGACUUCGUCCAUUGAUGAUAUUAUUGAUCAAAUGAAUCAUGAGAAUGUUGAUGAAGAUGAAGCAUUGUCGAUAAGCAAGGAAGAUCUAAAUAUUCCGCCCUUGGAUGAUGACGAAGUUGAGUAUUAUAAGCAGGAGGCUCGAGAGAAAGGAACACAAAAUUUUAUUCAAGAAUAUUUCUUUGAAAAAGGAAUUUCUCUUCAAAAACUAUUUUAUGCUUUUGAUUACAAAUUGCCUGGAAAAAUAAACUUUUCUGAUGUGCAGUUAAUUCAAGUUCUUAGUAAAGUCGUACAAAAGUUUCUUAGACAGCGUAAAAAAUUACCUAACGUCAAUACUUUAGAGGAUGUUAUCGAAUUAUUACGAGUAUCAAAAAACAUUAUGGUUUUGACAGGUGCAGGGGUUUGUAACAAAUAUUUAUUUAUCGAAAAAAAAAAAAAAAAUAUUAUUAUUUAUCUAGACAAGAAUCAUAACAUUAUACUAAUAAGUGAUGAAAAUGAUCAGGUGUCCGUUUCAUGUGGUAUUCCUGACUUUCGAUCAGAAAAUGGUAUUUAUUCUAGAUUAUCUGAAUUUGACCUGGAUGAUCCACAAGAUAUGUUCGAUAUCAAUUAUUUUAGAGAUUGUCCUGAAGUCUUUUAUUCAUUUGCAAAGGUUGAAAUUUAUCCCAGCAAUUUCACACCUUCACCUUCACAUUAUUUUGUAAAACUAUUGGAGGAAAAGGGGAAGCUCUUGAGAAAUUACACACAAAAUAUAGAUACACUUGAACAAGUUGCUGGAAUUGAAAAUGUUUUACAAUGUCAUGGAUCUUUUGCAACUGCAAGUUGUAUUGUGUGCGGAUAUAAAGUAGAUGGCAACGAAAUCAAAGAUGACAUUCUAAAUCAGCGAGUACCAUACUGUCCUAAAUGUACCAACGAUGACGAAGGCGAUGAUAUAGGAGAAAGUGCCUCUAUAAUGAAACCUGACAUAGUAUUUUUUGGCGAAAAACUUCCUCCAGAAUUUGAUCGGUCAUUCCCUCGAGAUCGAGAAAAAGUUGACCUUCUGAUUGUGAUGGGAAGUAGCUUGAAGGUUGCUCCUGUCAGCGAAAUAAUGGGACAAAUUCCUCAUCGAGUUCCUCAGAUUGUUAUCAAUCGAACACCUAUCAAACAUAUGCAGUUCGAUGUGCAACUUCUUGGUGAUUGUGAUAUUAUAAUUCCUGAACUUUGUAGAAUGCUUAGAUUGGAGUUAGUUCAUGAAAAGCUGCCUGGUGGUUCGUCCUCGUGUAAAAAAUCUGAACCUUAUCGAUUUUUGGAUCCACACAUUUAUUUAUUUGAGGGAGCGGUAGUGAAACAAGGAGAUUUGACUGGACUUGGUGUAAGGACAACAGGCAUUGAAAAUUUAAGCAUUCAAGAAAAAAACAAGAUACAUGAUCGAUCAUUCAUGAUAUUCAUACCGAUUUAUCACAUAAUGAUAUUAAGCUUGAAUCAUUAUACUAUUUAUAUUGAAGUUAUCAAGAUUCACUGUCACAAUAUGAUAGAAAUAUAUACACAAUCACAACCACAUUCUGCUUCUUAAAUUCCUCAUAUUUUCGUAUUCUAUUUUAUUAGAACAAUCAAUUGCAUAAGUAUAUGGGGAAAUUGUGAAAUUUUUUUACUUACAUGAACUGUUUUUUUUUAGCUAUAAUAAUAAGAAGUUAAAAUCCAGAUCAGAUUAAUAGAUUUUCAGUAAACAUUUUUGAUUUAUUUAUUUCUUCAAAUAUAAAUUUAGGGAAUUUUUGUAUAG